AUGGCUGCCGAACAGGAUAAGACCGUUCCCGCUGCCGUCCCUGCUGAGAACCCUGCAACUCCCGAGACGCCUCUUACCAAGCUCAAUGCUCGCCUUGAGGAUAUCUUCACCAAGACACUCCACAAGGAGAUGUGGGGUGUCCAGCUCACCAACAUUGACCAUGUCCCAACAAAGGUCGUCCUGCAAAAGUUCCUCCGCGCCAACAAUGAUGACCCCGUGGCAGCUGAGAAGCAGCUCACUCAGGCCCUUGAGUGGCGCAAGAAGAUGAACCCUACCGCACUCGUCACCCAGACUUUUGACAGGAGCAAAUUUGGUGACUUGGGCUAUAUCACUGUCCACAAGGGGGAGAAUGGCAAGGAGACCAUCAUCACCUGGAACAUCUACGGUGCUGUCAAGGACAACAAGGCCACCUUUGGCAAUGUAGAGGAGUUUAUCAAAUGGCGCGCUGCCAUCAUGGAGCUCAGCGUUCAGAAGCUCAAGCUUGACCGAGUCACUGAGCCAAUUCCUGAGGGGGGUGAGGAUCCUUACCAGAUGAUCCAAGUCCACGACUACCUCAAUGUCAGUUUCUUCCGCAUGGACCCCGCCGUCAAGGCCGCCAGCAAGGAGACUAUCACCGUCUUCUCAAUGGCUUACCCUGAGUUGCUCGCGCACAAGUACUUCGUCAAUGUUCCCGGCAUCAUGGGAUGGGUGUUUGGCGCCAUGAAGCUCUUCCUUGCCCCUGCUACCCUCCGCAAGUUCCACCCUAUGACCUCUGGCACUACCCUGGCCACUGAGCUCAAGGGCAUCGUUUCUACUUUACCCAAGGAGUAUGGGGGUCAAGGACCAAGCGUCGAGGAGGGUAUGUCUGUCUCGUUGACUGAGGCUGGCGUGACUGAGACUGGUGAGACCAAGGCGGAACCUUCACCCACUACAGUUCCCGAAAAAACUACUGCCACCGACUCUACCACUGCCGAAAAGACUGCCGUCGCUCCCGAGUCAGCUCCCGCUACUGAGAAGCCACUCACUGCUGAGCCUGUUGUAGCCGCCGCGGCUCCUGUCCCUGCUUCCGCUCCUGCUGCAGAGGCUGUUCCAGCUCCGAUUCCUGCUCCUGUAGAGGCAGCCAAGGCCGAGACUGCAGAGCAGGCUGCGGAGCAAGCUGGAGAGAAGCCCAUUGAGGAGGCUCUGGAGAAGCUGUCCGUCGACCCAGCUGAGUCUGAGAAGAAGGAUACUCUUGCUACUGAUGUUGAGAAGAAGGACACGGCUGCCUAA